GAGAGAAGAAAGCGAAGUUAGUUCGAUGGCGAGGGAAUGGUAUUGGAGCCGUUCCGUCUCCAAGGAGGAGAGAGAGAGGCCUGGAUGCAUGAAAGGCAUGUUCCACUUCUUCGAUUUCCAUCAUCUUCUCUUCACCGGUGGCUGCCGGACUCCGGCAGCAGCUACCUCACCGCCGGCGACUGAGUUGCAGUAUCAACAGAUGCCACAAAAGCCGCAACGUUACCACCACGCAUCGCAGAACAAGGGAGUAGAGGCGCCAAGGAAUAGCUUGGAGUUUGAGGAGUCCGAAGCAGCUAUCCAGGAAGAUUACUAUGGCGUUCCAAUCAGCAUUUUAAUUGAGCAUCCGUCGGCCAUGGCAAAGAAGAAGAAGAAAGAACUUCUGAUAGAAGAGGAGAAGAGAAAAUCUCAAGCUGUUACACCAAGAACUCGAAGCAUCGUUGCUCGGUUAAUGGGACUCGAAGGCCUCCACGAUGAGGUCUCAUCUCCGUGUAAUUCAACCUACUACGAAUCUACUACAUUGUCUCCAUUUUCAGAAUCUAUCGUCGUUAACGGUAGUAAGAGCUGCAAUGAGAAGAAGAAGAAAACGACGAAGAAGCAAAAGUCCAUAAAAGAGUCUAAAAAGGACUCCCCCUCUCCACGCCGGCCACUUCGAAACUUGAACUCCAACAUUUCCGGGUCCAUUUCCUUACCUGUUACUCCAAGAGCUUCGUCAGAGAGACCACGCGACGCAGAUCCCAGGCACUCGCUGCAGCACAAUAAGGAAAACAGUAGUAACUACACGGCUCAGGAGCUGAGCUUCCUCCGCGAAGUUUUCCCCGCCUCUUCCGCGCUGCGUACCUCAAAAUCCAGAAAAAAGGAUUACUAUUCGUACCAGGAAGAGAACAAAAAUCCCGGAAGCCAGAACUUUGUUAAACAGAUGGAGUUCCACAAAAGGGAAGGCAGCUAUGAGUGCAUUACUCCAUCGAGAAAGAACAAACAGACUGAGAAGAAAUACGUUAGGAAUAACCAGCUUCAACCUGCUACUGUGCUAAAGCCCCUGCAAACUUGCUCUCCUCCUAAACCUCGAUUUUCGGAAUCGAUUAAGAAAGUUCCGCAACAUCCACCAUCGACGGCAUUGCCCUCCUCCAUAAAUUUGUUCAGAACCAGGCUUAAGUCCGAAGACAAAGCUCUGAAGAUGGAGCCCGGAAAAAGCAGAAAAACAAAAAAUAAUUAUGAACGUUUCACAGAAAAAGUUAAACGGCAACCUCCUCAGCUUACCGUAUUUAGUCUACAAACUGGGUUUCUUCUACCACCUAAAAAAGAGCAAGAUCCGUUAAUAAACCAUUUUAAUGUCGAGAAAGAAGACCCAGAGUUCAAGUACGUGAAGGCCAUCCUGGCCCGCGCUGACGUCGUAGGAGAGAAAAUCAUGAAUUGGUUCUCUCCCUCUCUUCCAAUAGACCCGACCAUCUUCCAUAUUCUCGAGCUGUGGUUUCCUUUCUUCGAACCCGUAUCGCGCGAAGCAGAGAAGCUCGAGGAGGCUAUGGCCCGAAUGGGCCCGUUAAGGCAUCGGUGGAACCGGAAACUGCUGUUCCAUCUAGUAGAGGAGAUUCUCAGCGACCUACUCCUUAGUGAGCCCAAGCGAUGGCGGCGGCGAAUCGACAGCAAGCUGCUGCUUUCCCGACUAUGGUCGGAGAUAAAAAGCUUCCCUUUGGCAGACUGUCAGGUAGUUGGUGACAUUGACGUCCUGGUGGCCGGAGACUUACCGGCAUCCAAUGUCCGGCGGCUUCUUCGGCACCCUUCAGUGGUGGCAGAGGUGCAAGAUAUCGCGUCGGAGAUCCAGAGGGAUAUACUAGAUUCCCUCGUCGGUGAUGCCGCGGCUUCUCUCUUUCUCAUCUCCUCCUUCACGAAACCCAAGGCCAGGUCUUGACGUCAGGCUCCGCUUUGGCCAACGGUGGGCUCUAAAAUCCACGAUUAUUGUCUUGCUCUCUGGUUUGGGCACGCCAAGUAACAUCGCUCUAGUUUGCUCUGUUAUUCUCGACACAUGUAAUUCGUGCUUGUACUGGAUCUAAAUUUGAGUUUGUAUAAAGCUGACGUGCAUUACUAUUUUUAUU